AUGAAAGUCUCCCAGUACCUCCCGCUGGCGUUGACGGCCUUGGUCGCAUCGGCGGCCGCACCCCGCAAAUACAAGAAGAGGGCCCCUUCGCCGUUUGUCUCGACGGAGGGUGAUCAGUUUGUUGUGAAUGGAAGUGCAUUCCCAUUCAUUGGCACGACUGCUUAUUGGUUGCCCACUCUGAACACCGAGCAAGAUAUUAUCGACACAAUUUCGAACAUGUCAGCACGAGGUAUCAGAGUUGUACGAACAUGGGCGUUCAAUGACGUUGAGACGAUUCCCGAGAAUGGCACCUGGUUCCAACUAGUUGCCAAUGGCACCACGACUAUAAAUGACGGUCCGAAUGGCCUACAGAAACUUGACAAGGUCAUCGACAUUGCAGAACAGCACGGCAUGACCGUCCUUCUGUCCCUUACGAACAAUUGGAAUCCACGACCAUUAUUCGAUAAUCUCACGGACUUUGGGAACUUGACUUUGCGUCGGGAUGUCACUCCAGGCACUAAUAAUACCCACCCUCGAAACUUCUUAUCGAACGACUUCGGUGGGAUGGAUGUUUACGUGCGACAAUUCGGGGUUUCCGGACAACAUGACGAGUUUUACACGAACGAAACGAUAUUGUCCAUCUUCAAGAACUAUACUACCCAGAUUGUAUCACGAUAUGCCAACCGAACUGGCGUCUUUUCUUGGGAACUUGCCAAUGACCCGAGAUGCCAUUCUUCUGUCGCCGCCAGCGAUGAUUGCACAGCACAAACCGUGACCAGAUGGCAUUCGGAUGUCGCGCAACACGUCAGAUCGAUUGACCCUAAUCAUCUUGUAUCGUCGGGAUCUCAAGGCUUCUUCUGCGUCGAUUGUCCAAAAUUGUUCCCUCGCGUCACGCCUCCUCCACCCCAAACAUCGCCAGCCCCCGGCCAAAGGCGACGAAGCCUCCCCCCUCCUCUGACGAGGGCCAAUCUACUGAAGAAGCGUAGAAUUGCUCGUAAACGCAAUCGUGAGGCGAAGAGAGCGGCAGCUGCGGGAUCGAAGUCCGCUGUGCGAAUCAGAGGGAACUGGAUUGCAACUCCAACACGGCGCCAGAAUGAUCAAGACCUUGGCCCCGCCUUUGAUGGAUCUCAAGGUGUAGAUAGUGAGGACAUCUUCAACAUUCCAGAAAUCGGCUUUGGCACCUUCCAACUUUUCCCGGACCAAAAUUCCUACGGAGUUGAUGAUCCAAAUCUGACGCCGUUCGAGAACACUGUUCAACAAGGCAUCGAUUGGAUUCAGCAACAAGCUGCGUCUGCUGCUAGUAUGGGGAAGCCAUCAGCACUUACUGGGUUUGGUCUGGUAACACAAGAAAAUUCGCCUUUCUUCACACCGUUCAAUACUUCCGUCGCACCCUUCGGUUCGGAUAGCGGCCAACCCAUCACCCAGCAACCCUUUGGUGUCACGGAUGAACAGCGUGAUGAUGCUUAUCAGCAAUGGAUCAGCACCGGAAUUGAAGCUGGUUUGCGAGGCAUGAUUCAAUACCAGUGGGGUCAAAGUGGCUUUACGGCACAGGCUGGCACGACCAUUUCUCCGGACAACACGGAGACUGGCCAAUCUGCCAACGAUGACGAGACCGGCCAGUCGCCCAAUGACGGUUAUUCUGCCCAGGGUGUCAGCGGAAUAAGCGUUAUGGAUAUUCUGGGUCAAGCAGCCCAAAGCUUCGCGGGUGAUAGUUGA